GUUAGUGUGCAGUGUGUUAGUUUAACCCUCAGAUUCACUGCAAAUCAAUACAGUGUGAUUCUCACUGAAGUCUCCAGGAAGUGAAGAGCAAAAGUGGGAGGGAGGAAUAGUGUAUUUAAACUGUAGGGAAAGGUUAGAGCCAGACUAGAGCCAGCUAGUCUGUUUGGGAAGACAAACAGAGCCAAUAAAUCACACAGAGCAAAGGGGUCAGCAGCAACAGGGAGGAAAACAGGGACAUAAUAUUCAUCCAAACCUUAAACCUGGAGAGCAGAUGAACGCAUCAGAACAACAAAGCAACUAGCAGGAUAAACAUAGAGAGGAGAAGAAGAGAGGGAACACAGGUGCACAUUUACAAUAAACGAGAGAAGAGAGACGGCUCCGAGUUUUAACCGAGACGCCUGCAUUCCUUUAAAUCUCAGAUUGCUGCCUUUCAGUGCAGCAACUAAAGCAAUGAGGACUGAUAACUUGGUUGCUGAAGACAGCACGACACCUUUAAACUCAACACAAGCAGGUGGACCCAAACGUGGCAAGUUCAGACAGACCAUGCAAGCCACAAAGCCUCAGAGAAGUGUGUGGGCAUUGAGAAAGAGGCUCAUCAUCACUAUAUUCUGUGUUGUGGUUAUUUUAGCCAUCCUGGCUGUGGCUGGGUAUUUAAUUGCCCUACUCAUUAACAGUAAGUACUUCUUCUGCUCCAAGUCCCUGAAGUUCAUUCCACUAGAACAAGCCUGUGAUGGCAAACCGGACUGUGCGGGAGGAGAGGACGAGUCUUCAUGUGUCUCUCAUUUCAAAAGCAACAUAACAUUUCCUGUUCGUCUGGCCACGAAUCUCUCUGUGCUUCAGAUUUAUAAUCCCACUGAAGCCAAGUGGCAGAGUGUGUGUGCGGACGGCUGGACUGUGAAAUACACCGAAGCUGUGUGUCAGCAGUUGGGAUACACACUAAACCCUUCAUACACAACAGUAACGCUGUCUGAUCUGCCGUCGGAACUGAAGAAGGUGUUUUGUGCUCUGAGACCAAACGCCACGAUGCCGGUUUCCUCCAGUGUAUCAGCUCAAGCAACGUGCAGCUCAGGUUCAGUAGUUUCUGUUUCCUGCUCAGACUGUGGGCCAAAGGGACCUGAGAGCAGGAUUGUUGGAGGACAAAGUACACUUAUUGAGCACUGGCCGUGGCAGGUGAGCCUGCAGCAGAACGGUCAGCACACCUGUGGAGGCUCGCUGGUGUCUCCAAAGUGGAUCAUCACAGCAGCCCACUGCUUCACAGGCAGGGCGGAGGUGACCAGGUGGUGGGUGGUGGCAGGCAAUACGUACAUGACAUCACUAGGAGGUUCUGCUGUGGAUCAGAUCAUUGUAAAUGGAGACUACAACUCAGCAGUCAAUGAUUAUGACUUGGCAAUGAUGAGACUCACAAAGCCACUCACUCUAGGAGCCUCGGUGAAGCCCGUAUGUCUCCCCCCUUAUAAUCUGGGGCUCACAGCAGGAACCUCACUGGUGGUAACUGGCUGGGGUAAUCUGCAAGAAAAUGGUCAGUUAUCGUCUAACCUUCAGGAGGCCAUUGUUCCUCUGAUCGACCGUGCUCAGUGCACCAGACCUGCAGUUUAUGGUGAUAGUCUCACUCAGAGGAUGAUCUGUGCAGGGUAUCUGCAGGGUAACGUGGACGCAUGCCAGGGUGACAGCGGAGGUCCUCUGGUGUAUCUUCAGGAGCACUGGAUGUUGGUGGGUGUGGUGAGUUGGGGUGUAGGAUGUGCAAGACCAAACCUACCUGGUGUUUACUCUAAUGUGGAUCAGAUGCUGAACUGGGUCUACACUGUCAUGCAGAAAUCAUGAGCCAAAGCCAUCAGGAGGACACGAGUGUGUUAGAACAAAGACGAACAUUACAUCAGUGCAAUACUCUUCAUCACUCUACAUCAGAGCAAACUGUACUCUGUUUAAUCUACAUGAACUCUGAGGACGUACUUGAGCUGUUACUUAACCCAAAAAUGAUGAAUCAGGUACAGAUUUAGAUCUGAAUCUUCACUUCCUUACUGGUGCAGAUUAUUAGUCACCUUCUCAGGGAUGAGUUUAAUUGAAGUUGUAAUUGUUGCCUUUAAAUCCAAUUAAUGAUAAUAAUAAUGUUAGCUUUAUACUGUUUACUUCACCAAAUACAUGAAGGGCUGAUAAAGCAAACAGGAUCACUUCUUGUGUGAUUGUGUUCCACUCUUUACCUGUACAGAGUUUCUUCAUUUGCACUUUUCUCAGCAUUAAUAAGUGACGUGUUGGGAUCAGAUACUUCUGACUAUUUGGAUGUCAUUAUUUAACAUGUUGGAUAAGCCAAAAGUUACUAAAGUUAAUUAAAGUUGUAUUGUAUUAAGAAGUUAACAAAAACGUCUUAAUGCCAAACAGAGAUCAAACUUUAAUGGUGUUGUGAAUUAGUUCAUAUUGUUCUGGCUCAAGCUCUCAUGUGGUGCGAUAUGAGUGAAUAUUUCUGUGAAUUUCUACAAGUAUAAUGUAAAUAAAUGUAAAAUGUAAAAUGUUCAAUAAAUUAUGGUUUUUGAGGGAGGAA